AUAACAAAACCGAACGAGGCGGACGUGUGACGCUCGGUGCGCUUAAUUGAGAAUUGAAAUCGUUGUCGCCUGGUUUAUGUGUGCGCUGGGUUUGUGACUGUUAUUUGUCGUUUACUAACUGAACUCUACCGACUACCACGAGUUUAUUUAUUUGUUUGUUGAGUUUUAAAUUUCGCGCCGUCGUCUCAACGCAACCCCCAAUUGCAAUACAGUCUCUCCCCGCCCCUGCCGCCCCUAAAUAAAACAAAUUUAAACUAAAACAAGAAAAAGCCUAAACGAAAAAAAAAGACGAAAGAUCUAAAUAAAAGAAAAAAAAGAAGUGUUCGUGCGUGUGUGAAGAGAGAGAGAGAGAGCGAGCGAGAGCAGCUGCAGCUUGAAACAUGUUUACCGAGGAGGGCAUCUUUCCCAUAGGCGAUGGCCUGCUGGACGUUGAUGCCAAACGCUUGAAGGGAUUACUUGUGUCGCAUGACAUCAACGAGAUCUACGAGGUGGAACAGACGCCGUUUGCCAGGGGCAAAUUUGCGGCUGUUCGCCGGGCGGUACACAAGAAUACCGGUUUGCAUUUCGCUGCCAAAUUCCUCAAGCGACGCCGACGCGCACAGAGCAGCGACAAGGAGAUCAAGCACGAGAUUGCCGUCCUAAUGCUAUGCGAGGGCGAGGACAACAUUGUCAAUCUGAAUGCGGUGCAUGAGACGCGUUCCGACACGGCCCUGCUGCUGGAGCUGGCCACUGGCGGCGAGCUGCAAACGAUACUGGACAACGAGGAGUGCCUCAGCGAGGCGCAGGCGCGCCACUGCAUGCGGGAAGUGCUGAAGGCUCUCAAGUUCUUGCAUGACCGUUCCAUUGCGCAUUUGGAUCUGAAGCCGCAGAACAUCUUGUUAGCCGGCGAACGCAUUGAGGAUGGCCUCAAGCUGUGCGACUUUGGAAUCUCGCGCGUCGUCUGCGAGGGCAUCAAUGUGCGCGAAAUGGCCGGCACUCCGGAUUAUGUGGCACCGGAGGUGCUCCAAUAUGAGCCCUUAUCGCUGCUCACCGACAUUUGGUCGGUGGGCGUGUUGGCCUAUGUGCUGCUAUCGGGCUUCUCGCCCUUUGGCGGCGACACCAAGCAGGAGACCUUCCUCAAUAUCUCACAGUGCGCUCUGACCUUUCCCGACAAUCUCUUUGGCGGCGUCUCUCAGGCGGCAAUUGAUUUCAUACGCCGCGCAUUGCGAAUUAAGCCAAACGAUCGCAUGAAUGCCGCCGGCUGCCUUGAGCAUGUCUGGCUAAAGGAUGAGUGCUCUUUGCACAGACAAAUCUAUUUGCAAGCACAGAACGAUGCCGACUUUGUGCAGGAUGAUGAGGAUGAAGACGAUGAUGACGAGGAUGAGGAGGAGGAAGAUGAUGAGGAAGAGGCACAGAACGUUUCACAGCAACAGCAGCAGCAGCAGCAACAACAACAACAGCAAGAAAACAGCACAACAGCAGCAACAACAACAGCCAGCAAAUCCCUGCACAACGGGCAUAGAGCACACUCCAGCUCCAAGAUACCUAUUUCCACUAGCCACAAGCUGAGCCCCAGCACAGAGACAACAACAGCCAUACACACACUGCCCCAAGCACUGACCAUGUCGCUGGCGACAACCACGACUGCUACUGCAUCGACGAAGCCCACACAGAUUGUGACACCAACGCGACGCGCCUCCGAUUCGGAUAAAGAGAACACAUAUACGGCGACAUUUGUUAAGAAGCCGGUGGCCAGCACGGCCACAAUACAGAUUGGCAGCAAUGGGCUGGAAGAGACGACAGUGAUUGCCACAUUGGCGUUGUUCCCGGAUGCGCCCACCACGCCCAAAGUCAUACGCAAGACGCCCGCUACGGAGGCCAGUUCGGCCACGUCGGUCAAGGCGCUGGUUAAGAAAUUUCAACUGGAGGAGCUCGAGGCGCACAGCUCACCCAACAACACAUUGCCGCACUGCUCCAGCUCCGCCAACAGCAGCCAUGCGUCAGCGAUCACGACGCAACUACAGGUUCAGCAGCCGCGCAAAUGCUCCGUGCCCAGCGUUGUGUUGCCAGCAACCAGCAGCAGUGGCAGCAACAUGCGGCGCAGCGUGAGCGGCACUGCCAGCAGCAGUAGCAGCAGCAACCACAGCGCCAACAGCAGCAGCCACGGUGGACGACGCGCCUCUGAGCCGCUAACCGCUGUCCACAAGAAACAGCACAGCAACAACAACAGCCCAAACUCCAUUUCCAGUAGCAGCAGCAGCAAUAGCAACAGCAGCAGCAGCAGCAGCUGCAACAGCAGCUCGGGACCCACGGGAGCAACUGGCAGCAGCACGGCGCUGCUGUUGAAUGGACGAUUGCCGCAGGCAGCGCAUCAUUUGCAUCAUCAUCAUAUGCACCAUCAUCAUCAUCACCAUCAUCAUCAUGUGGUGAUUGCCGCCAAGAAUGCGGCUGCUGCUGCCACCAACAACCUGAGCUUGGACCAGGGCAUCAUCUGUUAGCUAAGGGCCAGCCGUGCGCGCCGCAAUGCCAAAAGUUUCUUUCACCGCUUCCUUUGCUGCAUGUAACAGUGCCUGAACGUGUAGGCGUGGUCAGCCAGCCCCUAGCUGGGCUGCUGCUGCAGCUGCUGUUGUAGCUGAUCCUGCUGCUGCUGCUACUGCUGCCGCUGUGGCAGCUGCAACUGUAAGCCGCAACGCCGACGCCUGCGCGUGCUCGGAAGUUUUGUUUGAUUUUGAGUUUCUUAGUUAAUGUUAUAUAGCGCCUAGUUGAUCUAAAAACAACCACUGUACCACACUAUUGUACCACUGUACCACUAACCCAGCCGAUUUCCCAAGUAACCUAAAUACUGUUUAAGUUUAUCUGGAAAUAUAUCUAUAAAUACAUAGGUAUAUACAUAUGUAGAUGGA